UUCCAGUCUCAUGUAGAAAUGCUCAGUUUGUUUCUAGUUGCUGUGACUGAAAAGAAGAGUUUGUGGCUUUUGGAAAAGAUUAUAGUGGUUACGAGCUUUAAAGAGGGAAAAAUGUGACGAAAUGAAUUUUCCACGGUGGUUUCUACUUUUCCUGACGAUUGUUUCGGCGGAAAAGUGCCCCCCUCAGGAGCUCAUCCUGCCGUGUAGAUGCAAAGACAAAGGAGAUGAGACGCAGAUCUGGUGUUCACACAGUGACCUCCCGAGUGUCCUUGAAGGUCUCAAGGCCAUCGGCCAAGUCAUGCAAGACCCUAUCGAUGAACUUAUCCUCGAAAAUAAUUAUCUACCGUCGCUUUCUGGACGCACUUUCGUCCCUUUAAAAAUAAUGAGACUGAUGAUGCGCCACAACGGCCUGGAGAGAGUUUCCAGUGACUGGCUGGCAGGUCUGGAAAACGUCCUCAUGGAGCUUUUCCUAGUCGAACCGCAUUUACGAAGCCUUCCAGACGACACCUUAAGACAGUUGACCCGUUUAGAGGCGGUCACAAUCCAGACAAAUUUAAUGAAACGAUUUCCGGUUUUCUCCGGUUUGCCUAAAUUGAGAUACCUCCAACUCGAAUCCUUGUCUCUCCUGGAAUUAUCCUCGAGACACUUUAAGGAUUUACCAGUUGUAGAGGCAAUCCACAUCACAAAUAGCCCCAGACUGACUCGACUCGAAGCUAAUAUCUUUCAAGACUUGCCAAAAUUAAUCCUCCUCAAUAUCUCCUAUUGUGGACUCAACUGGAUGCAUCCUAGAGCUAUUAACAGGUUACCAACCCUCAAAGAACUAUCACUCGUGGGAAAUAAAAUUGUGGAUGUUGCGAUGGUGGGGCGAGGGACUCGGGAUUUGCCCCACUUGGAGAUCCUUCGGCUCGAUCAUAACUACAUUGAUAAAAUUUCCGAAGCAGCUUUCGUCGACUUUACCUCCCUCAAAAAACUCUACUUGUCAAAUAACCACAUCAGUGAGUUGCAAUAUGGUGCCUUCCAUCGAGUCCCUCAAUUGAGGAGUUUGGACCUCAACAAAAACAUGGUCAGGAGGGUUCAUCCGGAGAGUUUCCUGCAACAUUCAGGGAGUGGUUUGGAGGAGUUGUGGUUGGUGGAUAAUGAGAUAAGUCACGUGGUUGAGUUAAGGUCACUCUUGGAUGCCCUCCCGAGGUUGACAUUUCUCGAUAUGAGUUACAACAACUUGGAAGCCAUACCUUUUGGGGCCCUUCGAGGGCACCCCACUUUGGAACGACUUCACUUGGAUUAUAACAAAAUUAGUUUGAUUGAUCCGGAGGCUUUUAUGGCAAUGCCAGCUUUGAGGGAACUCCGGUUGAAGAAUAAUUCACUCUCGGAUGUCCUCCCGGGACCGUUAUGGAAUUUGCCGGCUUUGAAAGGCCUGGAUUUAUCCGGGAAUUUCUACCGGAGAUUAGAACCUCAACUCUUGAUGAAUUUGCCGUCCCUGAGAAGGAUUGAUUUGAGUCAGAAUGAGUUAAGUUUUGUCGACCCUUCGUCAUUUAUGCCAACACAAGCUCUUGAACAUAUAAACUUGUCACAUAAUGCCCUUGCAACACUACAUCCGGCGACUUUUCGACCUUUACUAAAUUUAUACGAACUUGAUGUGAGUCACAAUUAUUUGGUCGAGUUUGUCCCAAACCUCCCAAGAGGGUUGGAGUAUAUACACAUGUCGUACAAUGAGAUUACUCAAAUCCCAAUCCCGCCAUCUCCGGAUUUGGAUUUACCCUCCCUCCGCAUGCUCGAUAUUUCCAACAAUAGAAUUCCUCAAAUCCCCCCAAAUUCCCUCAAAUCACUUCCCCAAUUGAGACGCCUCUUCAUAGGAAGAAACGCGUUGCAAAACCUCGACGCAAAUUCCUUGUCUGGCUUAUCCCGUCUCGAAAUCCUGGAUCUGGACACUAACAAUCUAAUCCAAAUUCAUCGCAACUCCCUCAGCCAAAUGGAGGAUUUGAAAGAACUAAAUCUGAGGAACAACCGACUCGAUUUCCUGCCCCCGGAAAUAUUCAAAGACACUCACUUGUUGAAAAAAUUGGACAUCAGUCGGAACAAAUUAUCCGAAAUUCCUCCUGGAGUCCUCAAUAGGACCAUAGAAUUGAAAGUAAUUGACGCAUCUAACAAUUUCUUGAUUCAUUUGCCACCGAAUUUAUACGGAAUGAGGAGUUUGCAAGUGUUGGAUUUGACCGGUAAUCGACUCAAGUUCCUCAAUCCAGAAAUUUUGAGAAGUCUCACAUCGUUAAGUGAAUUAAGACUCGCCAAUAAUUUCAUCCAGGAAUUGAAAAUGGGGGUUUUUGACAAUUUGCAACAUUUGAGGUUCCUUAGUUUGGAGAGGAACGAAAUUGAGAUUAUCGAACCCAACUCAAUACGAGCGUUACCCCUUUUAAAAACCCUCAAAAUCAGCAAAAAUAAAUUAAGAGAAAUACCGAAUUGGGCUUUUAAUAAUCUGCCAGGGCUUCAAGUGGCAGAAUUGCAGGAAAAUCAGAUCAGAAUUAUUGACAACAAAGCGUUUCAUCUCGUUCCCCAUUUGGUUUUGUUGAAUUUAAGUCACAAUCAUUUGGUUGCACUGGACGAUGCUGGUUUGAGAAGUCUCAAGUCUUUGGAGAUGCUGGAUGUGAGUAAUAAUCAAAUUUCGAGGAUUACGAACUCGAAUUUAGAGAAAAUGGAGUGGUUGGUGGAAUUGAGAAUGAAUGAUAACAAUAUUUGCGCCGUCCAUGGGGCGCCUUUUGAUGGGAUGCCGAGGCUUAGAGUUCUCAAUCUGAGAAACAAUAAAAUGAUGUCGCUGCCGGAAAAUGCGGUGCAGAAGCUAAGAAGCAAUAUUGCUGUACUCGAUUUGGAUGGAAAUCCCUUAUCGUGCGGCUGCAACCUACUUUGGCUCCAGGCUUGGUUACAAGAGGGUUCUUCGAUGGGUCCCCGAUGUAUCGAUGGAUCCCUCCUUCGGGAGCUCCGUUUAUCGCGUCAGGAGUGCCUCCCCGAAGACCGAAAUGCCGAGUUAGUGGCCCCUGGAUGCGAAUCUGAACUGCUAACAGCGCCUAACACUUUCGGGACUUCUCAAGUCUUCUCCCCUUGGAUGAAUCUCAAAUCAAACAUCUCAAAAGAGCAGAAAAACCACUUAGUACCAUCCCCUGAAGAAUCCGAAUAUUUUUACGAUGAAUAUAUUGAUUAUCCUUACAACGAAACCCAGCAAAAUUUGGUGGUUGAAAAUGUGACACAGUCGCCCCAUUACAUCUCAGGUGAUACUCCAACUCUUUACGCGGCCCCUAAAAAUAAAUCUCGCCCGGAUAUCCCAAAAGAAGUCACAAAUUCGCCUAGUACUUCCGGUUUUACAUUUUUCGGAGUUCCACUUCCGGCUCUCAAUUUGAAAAACUUAAUAGGAGGGGGCACAGGCCGAAUGGAUGAUAAUAAAAUGACAAUGGAGCGGAAAAUGGCAAUUGUGAACAAACCUCCCCGAAGCGGGGCCCGUGGAGGUUUGGGAUUGCCGAAUUUACCAGAAAUUCAAACUGGUGGAUUCGUCCCCCUAUUACCGGGAGAAGGGGGUUUCAAACCAAUUCCCAACCCCAAUUUACAACAGUCGCAAUCUACGAAUGUAAGUUUUAGUACAGCUUUUCCAAUUGAAGCCCCCGUCAAUUCAAAAAUUGAUAAUUUCACGACGGCGCUGCCGCCCCCCACGACGACGCUGCCGCCCCCCACGACGACGCUGCCACCCCCCACGACGACCUCUCCUGUGAUGCACAAUGUGUCAAUUGUGACAGAGCAAAAGACUCACACUUUGACCAAAAUUGAGAAAAUUACGACGAAUACUUCAGUCGUGUCGUCUACGACGCUUGAGACUCCCCCAGUGCAUGAAGAAGUUGUAGAAAAAAUUGCGAGUACGACUCCGGAGGUCAAAAUAGAGGAAGUUUUAGACACAACAACCGAACUGACGACUGAGUUGAUCGAAAUUCUUUCAACUGCCAAAGAUGAAGUGAAGAAAUCAGUCGCAACGCCACUGUCGGCACUUUUGGCUCCGGGUGGACAACAACCAGAGUUUAGGCCGGCAGGAAGACCCACUAUUACAAAAGUACCCUCACCGCACGUCUCCGGAAGUGCGCCUUUAUUGUCAAAUCCGAGUUUUGCCGAAAUUGUGCAACCUUUAGAUGAGACCAUUGAGAAAAUUGCUGAUGUUACUCAAAGUACCACUGACACGAGUUGGUAUUUUGCAAAUUAUAACAAAACUAAUUUGGAGCCGUUUGUGGGGGUCAGUCAGUCGGUUCUUACUAGUAAAGGCCGCUGUCUUAAAUUUGGGUUUUGGAAAAUUGUUUUGACUUUGAUUUUGGCAAAUCAGAGGUUUCACAUGUUGUAAAUAAAAAUACUUUGUAAAUAUUUUUAGAAAAUUUAUUAUUAAUACAAACUGAGCUAAACUUUAGUUAUAAAUCGUGUUAAAUAAAAUUAAUCUGG